AUAUUAGGACACCCCUCCAAAUCAUUGGAUUCAGGUAUUACAAUCCCCUCCAAAUCAUUGGAUUCAGGUAUUACAAUCCCCUCCAUAUCAUGUGAUUCAGGUGUUCCAAUCCCCUCCAUAUCAUGAGAUUCAGGUAUUCCAAUCCCCUCCAUAUCAUGUGAUUCAGGUGUUCCAAUCCCUCCAUAUCAUGAGAUUAGGUAUUCCAAUCCCUCCAUAUCAUGUGAUUCAGGUAUUCCAAUCCCCUCCAUAUCAUGUGAUUCAGGUAUUCCAAUCCCCUCCAUAUCAUGUGAUUCAGGUGUUCCAAUCCCCUCCAUAUCAUGUGAUUCAGGUGUUCCAGUCCCCUUCCAAUUAUGUGAUUCAGGUGCUCCAAUCCCCUCCAUGGACACAGGUGUAUACAAUCAAGCCCCUAGGCAUGCAGACUGCUUCUACAAAC